AUUCUUCUCUUAAUCCCAAACUGACUCUGAUGCGAGCAGCCAUGGCGGAUGCUGCAACUUCAUUGUCGUCGUUUAUCAGCCUCUCUCGCCGCCAAUCUCCGUCUCCUCUCUCAUUCUCUCCACGUCUAUCGUUUCACUUACAGUCACUACAUCAGCGGCCGCGUCGAUUCUCGGAGCUCCGGCUUUGCCAGGCGAAGUUGAGGAGUUCAACCGAUGAUGUACCGGAUGAGAUUCAGAAGUUAUUCUUUCACGAUGAUGAUGAUUUAAUCGAAGGAGAAAGCGAUAGUGAGGAUGAUGAUGAUGAGACUGAAAGCAGUAUGGAUCUUCUGUUCAGGUUUAUUCAAAGCAUGUUUAGGAAGUUAUCGAAGCGAGCGAAGAAGGCCUCUCGUUCUGUCUUACCAGCUGCUAUAUCGCCUCAGCUGGUGUCUUUUGCAGUUGAUGGAUUGCUCCUUUUGGCAUCAUUUUCAAUCUUGAAGGCAUUUCUGGAGGUAGUCUGCACACUUGGUGGCACUGUGUUUUUGGUGAUCCUGCUCUUACGGGUGAUCUGGUCAGGCCUUGCAUAUUUCAAAUCAGAAGGGAACAAUUUUAACAAUGGUUCAUCUUAUGGUAGACCACAACCAAUAACAUAAUCCUUUAUCGCAAGGAGGUUCCUUGAUCUCUUUUCUUUGUCUGGUACAAUAUUGUAAACUUCAAAUUAGAAUAAUGAUUAUGAUGUAUCAUACUAAUAACAAGAGGCCUUGCUUUGAUGAGUUUAUGAAACUAUAGGAAGAAUGUUUUUCUUAUUGGAGUCAAAA